AUGGCGGGACGAACACCAUCAAACGCGAGUCCCUUCUCCCCUGAGCUGCAAACUUUCGUCGUCACCAAAUACGACCCCCUGCUGGCAAUCGUACGAGAGUUAAAUGCACGACUGCAAGCAUCUGAAAAAGAAAGAGUGCGGCUUGAGCGGAGAGUGCAGCGGCUGGAGCACCAGGUGGUGGCUCUGACGGAUGCAUGCGAAAAAGGAACGAAACUCAAGUCGGUGCCAGACCUCGAACCCGAGGCGCACACCGGUAGACAUGCCGUGCAGGAGCUGCUCGAGAACGAGGAAGCGCUCGCCUCUCCUUGGCUCUUUUCAUGUCAGAUCGGCACACCCACCUCGGCUUUGCAAGUUCUGCUCGAAUUCUCGCCAGACUCCACAAUUGAGAUCGAUUGCAAAUUGUGGAAACGAGAGGAGGACAUGUGGAUUUGUCUUCUGGAGGAACUGCCUGACGAGUUUGCGUUUCGACGCCCUGACUCCCUUCAGCUGCUGGACUUGAGGCGAGCCGGUGAGGCUCUAUUUCUCUUUGUUGUGGCGUUAGGCUGCUUAGACAUUGUUGCUGCAGCAGCGGCUGCAGCAGCGACUGCAGCAGCGGCUGCUGCUUCUGCUGCUUUAGUUCCUGCUAGCAGCUGCUGA